AUGGGUGUUAAAAGAACACGUACAAGUGGUAUUGUGCUGAUUGCUGGUGUAAGCUCAUAUUUAGCUUACAGAAUCUUCACACGAAUUCGUGGGAAUAGGCUUUUUUGGACUAUUGUUGACUUCGCACGCAUUGAUUUUUUAAACCAAGCAGACCUUCGCUUUCUCUGUCAGGAUUCAUCUCCAAUACGUUGUUGUCGUUGGGUUGUUGCACAGUCUCCGUGCAAUGACGGAUAUUCUCCUUUCAGCGGAGAAUCGUCGUCUCCAUGUUCUGUUUUUCGAAGUUCGCGGAUUGUCGAAGAGGAUAAGACAGGUCCCGGUCAGGUACUCUGCUUUGGGAACUCGUCAUUACGUCGGGUAUCUGAAGGCAGUGCAAGUUUUAGUGAACAGUCAUCUUCAAUUCGUUUGCAGUGGGAUGACCCUUCCUGGGAAGCGCAUUCAGACUCUUUAACCCAAGGAUUCGGGCGCCGACGUCAAAGCCUUUCUCCUUCAAAUGUGUCAGAUUUCUCGGAAUUUCGCUCUGCAAAAAAAGUAUUUGAUGACCUCACGACUCUAAGUUUUGAGGACCAUGGCGGUAUCGAUGAGGGAUAUAUGGAUGCAACUCCUACCGCAGAAGAAUCAUCUGGUUCGAUUUCGGAAACUCAUGAGUUCAUAGAGAGGAACUGCAUGACAGACUCGAAACAUCUUUAUCGCAUUGUUUCUGGAUGUAGUCCCGGUUCGGAUACCUUUUCAGUUCGUAGCAGUUUAACCUCUCGUUCAUUCCAGUCAUUGCGUCAUUGUGCCGCGUCUACUAGUUUUUCAAAUGGACUACUCGACCUCACCACUUCUCCAUCGUCUUGUGUUUCUGGUGUUGACGCACUUUCAAACUCUAUGACUGACAGUGCCAUCAGUAGAGGAUCUGCAUCAACUGGUGAUGAAAGGUGGAGCAGUGCUUUUCUGAAUGAGCCUAAUGCAGCUUUGUAA